AUGGGACACAAGGUGGAACUGGGGGUGGCAGAAGGACAGGGGGGACAUGGGGGACAGCAGAAGGGCCACAGAGAGAACAGAUGCCACACCAAGGGUGGCAGAGGGGCUCUGGACCACGCCCCCUGCCAGCUCCAGGGGCUCCCUGCUGGUGAGACCCCCCAGCUGCGCUACACCGUGGUGAACAAGCUGCGUACCUAUACGGCUGCCCAGCGCUACUGCCAGGACGUGUACCGGGGCCAGCUGGCCUCGGUGCACAGCGCUUCCCGCAACCAGGAGCUGGAGAAACUGGCAAAAACCUUCAACAAACUCAUCUCACCCUGGAUUGGAGCUGUCACCAGUUGCAAGCAGAAGGGGAAGUGGGGGUCCUACUGGGAGGACUCCAGCCCCUGGAACUAUGCGAACUGGGCACCCACCCAGCCCUUGCAUGUCAUCACCACCUGCACCACCCUUAGCGUCCGAGAUGGGCUCUGGCGAAGCCGCGUCUGCUUCCAGAUACGCCCAUUCAUCUGCCAGUAUUGA